AUGGCUCGAAAAAAGCAUCAAACUUAUGAAGGACUCGGAACGAAAGCUCGCGAUAAACCUCCUGUGAAAAAAGGGUUAACCAAAAAGAAGAAAGAGCAAAAAGAUUUUCAAAAAGUCAAACUCAAAGCUGGUAAACUUCGUCCUAAAGGUGUCAAUGAAACAAAAUUAGAAUUUCAAUCCAAAGCUAUCCUCAUUCGUGAACAAUUACGUGAGGACGGAGCACCUGAAAGAAUACAAGAUAUUCUUCUUCGAUUACGCAAAGGUUCAGCAUCACAAAAACUAGCUGUUCUCGAUGCGUUGAAAACACGAUUACAAAACGAUGAAAUCAACUCCUGGUUACCAUCAUUGCAAUCCCUCAUGGAUAGUUGUACAUCUUAUCUUUCAUUGGAAAGUGUUAGUCAUUAUCGAUCAGCAUUGCAAUGUUUGAAGACGAUUUUUUCACGCGUUGAACCAGUUGAAAGUCUGGAUCCACUGAUGUCGUUAAUUUCUCAACGUUUAAUUUCAUUAAUGACACAUUUGAACGAUGAUAUUCGUGAACGAUCAGUUCCUGUACUUGAACUACUUCUUCAUCAAACUUAUUCAUCGAAUUUAUUGACAAAUCAUGCAUUAUCGAUUCUGGAAAGUUUGUUACAACAAUUGAUGAAAACAAGUCGAUCCGAACGGCAAUUCAUCAGCACAAUCGAUUCAACAACGGCAGGAAGCAAUAGUGGACAUGCUCGAUUACUUGAUUGUAUUGCACAACUAGUGAAUAUUAUAUUUGAUAAAUAUAAUAGCGAACAACCGAAUACAAAAGAUACCGAUGAAGAUGACGGACAGGAUCGAACAUUAUUUGAUGAGUUACACAGAGCAAAGCUUAAACCAUUUAGACUUGUUGAUCAACUUUUUCAAAUUCGUUCCGAUUCCCAAAUUCUCUCUCGUGUACUCGAUCUUCUUUUGAAAGUUCUCCUUCAAUUCUGGUCAGAAAUGCGUAUUCAUCUUGGUGAUCGUCAUCAUCAUCGCGAUGCUCUAUCAUGUCUAUGGUGUUGUACACGUAUCUUUCAUCGACUAAUGAAUUCGAUUUUAUCAAGUCAACAUUACACUGAACUUCAUUCUAUCAUUGCUCAGCAUUCAUCAUCCAUACACAAACAUUUGCUACAAAACUUUCCAUUCGAUGAACAUCAAGGUUCGGACAUUUUAUCAUCGAAACAAGUUCAACAGAAGAAUCUCACUGUUCGACGUUUAAACAUUCACAUUAUUGAUUUAUUAUCGACGCAAUUUCCUCGAAUACAAGAGCAAAUAACGAAAAAUUUAAAUCAAUCAUCAUUUCAAUUGAAAUCUGAUCAAAUGCAACCCUUACUUAACUAUAUGUUCGAUUUAUUGAAUAACAAUGAAAAUUUGAAUGUUCAUGAAACUAAAGAUACGUUAGAUUACAUCGAAAAAUGUAUUCGAUCCUUUCGAGAUGAUGCAAUCAUUCAGCAAUGUAUCGAUGGAAUCUCGAAAUACAUCCAAAGAUCGAUCAAUGAUCUGCAUACAAAUGCAAUUGCUUUUCGAAUCAUUUGUGAUAGUAUUUCAUUGAAAAUAGCCAAAUUGGAUCCUCAAUUGAUUACGUCGUUGCCAGCAGAUGAUAUGGUGUGGUUUGUUUUUCAAGUUUUACGCUCAUCGGAAAGUGAAUUCAAUAAGAAUGAACGAAAAGACAUCCUGGAACGAAUGACACAAAUCUUCUCAUUCGAACUCGAUCCUUUCUCGAUCGUACUCAACAAUAUUUGGAUCGAUUAUUUCGCGAUAUUGAAAGUCAGCACUGGUAUCGAACAACGUCUAUUAAUUACAUGGUUAUAUGGCAUCAAUGCAAAACAGCCAUUGAAUAAUUCAUGUUUAUUAAGCUUGCAACAAUACAUCCAAUGGUAUUGGUUAGAAUCUGAGAGUAUUCAUUUGCUAUUAGGUAUUUUACUUCGACAAUUUGAUCGUCAUGGCGAAAAUCUAUGUUCGAUGAAUGAAUUUUCGUUAUUUCUCCUUCGACUUCUCUUUCCUUCGUUCAAAAUCGAUGGCUAUGUCACAGAGAAGAUUACAGAUGUCGAUGCUAAUCGAACAUUCAAAUAUGGAGAGAUUAUUAUCAAUCAUCUCCAACAACUAAAAGUUCAUCGUGAUGAUGUGAUUGAAGCAUUAUGGAUUCGAAUUGAAAAUGCUUUUAUGAACAAUCGAAUAAAACAAUUGAAAUGGUUUGAAUGGACAACGAUAUAUUCGUUAAUUUCAAUCGAUAACGAAAUCUUUCCCAAUUCAAUUGUACAAAGUCGUCUCGGUGUUCAUCUUAUUCAAACAGUUCAACAACUUCCUCGUACUUCUGAUCAACAAUUCACGCAAUUUAUUGUAUCUCGUGUACGAACAUCGCCAGCAUUGAAACGAUUAUUGAAGGAAUGUCUAGCAUUGACAGGAAAUGAUCAAGAACUCUAUGCAAUGUGUAUAUCAUUGCUUGACUAG